GACCACCCUCCCUUGCCACUUUCCUCCACUAAAGAAAAACACCACGGCUCAUCUGAUACCAUCACUAUCCCGCGACUCUCAUAGUCUCCGGCUUUCCCCUCAUUGUUAUGUUAUGCAUUGACUUCCGCCGUAAAGACCUUCCUUCCAGGGUAAUCGUGGCGGGUUGACACUCUUUCCGAUCUAUACCACGCGGUUGCUACUCCGAAUACCUGGAUCUGCCCUGCAGGGGCUCCAUCAUGUCAGUCUGUAUAUAAUCUGGGGUUGAUCACCCCCCCGGACGCAGAUAUUUCUUCUCCUCUCAGAGCAUCAACGAGUCGUCUUGAAGACAGCAAGAAUUCUCCUACACUUAUUCUGUUCAUUUGUGCGGCUUCAAAGCUCAAUCUCAUAUACAAAAUGGGCGUCUUCGACAUGAAGUUCACGCCCUACACCAAUUGCAUGGGUCUGGAGGGUUUCUCACUCCAGAUGUCCAUUGCGACCAUAGCAACCUGUGCCUUCUGGUUGUUCGGAUACGAUAUGUCCGUGAUGGGCGGCGUUAUCACAGAAGAUCCCUUUCUUUCGGUCUUUCCCCAGACAAAGGAUUCUACUAUCCAAGGCAUAGUCAUCGCUACCCUUGAACUCGGCGCUCUUUUCGGUGCCAUUGCCUGUAUAUUCCUGGGUGACAAGUGGGGACGACGGGGAACUGUGUGGGUUGGCAUGCUGUUCAUGGUCGUCGGCGGCACACUCCAGGCUUCAGCAUGGUCCAUCGGCCAAUUGGUCGUCGGUAGACUGCUGUCCGGCAUCGGUCUGGGUCUGCAAGUCGCCACAAUCCCAGCAUGGCAGUCAGAGUGUGCCAAACCCAAGUCAAGAGGUCGAUGGGUCAUGAUUGAAGGCGGUCUCCAGACCUCCGGCGUUGCCUGCGGCCAGUGGGUUGGUCUCGGCUUCUUCUACACCAGCGGCCAGAUCCAGUGGCGCAUGCCAGUUGCCAUUCAGCUGAUCCCAGCGACCAUUGUUUUCUGCUUCAUCAUGUUCCUUCCUGAGAGUCCUCGAUGGCUCGUCAGCCACGGCAAGUUCGAAGAAGCCAAGACUGUCCUUUCGAAGCUGCGCGGCCUUCCCAUCGACCACCCCGACUUCCUCUUCGAAUACGAGAGUAUCUUGGCCAGUCACGAGGCGCAAAAGGCAGAGGCUCCAUUCCAAUACAAGGAACUUUUCCAGAAUGGAAAGACCCAAACUUUCCGCAGAAUGAUGCUCGGCGUGUUUGUGAACGCUGCUCAGCAACUCUCCGGAAUCAACAUGGUGUCGACCUAUGCCAACCAGAUCCUGGCCAACAGCUUCGACCUCAGCCCCGGAAUGUCGCAUCUCAUCGCCGCCUGCGGAGGCACAGAAUAUGCCAUCUGUUCACUUCUGGCUGUCCUUCUGAUUGAAGGUCUCGGUCGCCGCAAAGCAUUCAUGUUCACUGCGACAGGCAUGGCCGGAUGCUUCAUUGUCAUUCCCAUACUCCUGUCCACUACCUCGCGAUCAAAUCAACUUGCUGGCGCUGGUCUUCUCUUCCUCUUCAACACGUUCUUCGGCCUGGCCUGGGUCGGUGGUCCUUUCCUGUACGCGGCUGAAAUUGCUCCGCUCCGCGCUCGUGCUCCUUGCGCAGCUCUAGGAUCAGUCGGAAACUGGACAUUCUGCUUCCUCGUUGUCAUGACGAUUCCAGCCUCAUUCGCCAACUUGGGUUGGAAGACCUAUAUCUACUAUGCCGUCUUCAACGCGGUCUUCGUUCCCAUCAUCUAUUUCUUCCUUGUUGAAACAAAGGGCCGGUCGCUGGAGGAGCUGGAUGUCAUCUUCGCCACGCCCGGAGACCCGGUCAAGAACGAGAAGCGCUUGCCUCAAGAUAUCUCCAUCGAAGCUGCCAAGGCUGCGCUCGGCUUGGAUGACGCUCCUGCCAACAAGUCGGUCGAUGAGGUGGUGGAGGUCGACAUGCAGGAGAAGUCUGUCCAUCACUGAGUUGGGCAUUUUCUGUCAGCUCUACAUCUUAGCAACCCGGAGUCGCUUGAUUCUCUGGUCCCUGGUGUUCUGGUAUUGACUUGCCGGAUCCCACAUUUGCAUCCUGUAUAUCAGACCGUGUCGUCGCCAUCUGGAUAGACCAUAUGUCUGCCCCCGAAAUCCCAUAUACUUAAAGAUACUCUUGGUAUAAUCUGUGACAUUACCUC